GUCAAAAAUCCUGAUUCUAUGGUAGUCUACACCUGGCAGUACCUGUAGCAUGGAUUCUUUUCUUAGAUUUCUCUUCUCCUAGAGGGCUAUGUCUAAAGCAGAAGAAAUUGUAAAACCAAGGAUUCAUAUAAGUGAACUUAAAAUGGUUAUAUUUUGCUUUACUCUUUUAUGUUACUGUAUUAUAUAUGAGAGUGAUCUGCUUUGCCAUUGAUUUGAAUCAUCUUGACUUGCUUCCUUUUCUUUCCUGUACACGUUUUAGGUAUUUGCUAUAUCUUCUUUCUUAUAUAGCAUACAGAUUCUCUUCUUUCCUGUUCCAACUCCCCUACAUAAUCUCUUCGCUUCUUCUCCUGGGCCCGUUCCCACUACAUCCCCACCUCUGCUGAAUUUGAGGAGCUAGUCAAGAUCCUCAUUCUAAAUAGAAAGUAUGAAACCAUGUAGAAAACCAUUCAACAAAUGCAAAAACAGAAGCCUAGCCUUUCUUGUGCCUUUCUUUUAUCAUUGAGGAGUAUGGGAAGAAAAGCCUCGUAGAUCACGCUGUGGAGGUUUUCAAUAAAAGCACUUGUUUAGGUUGCAAACAAUUCAUUGCUCUUUGCACUUUUGUGAGGUGAAGAUGUUCCAUGGAGCAUAUGCAUUAAUCAAGAGGAUGAUCAGGAAAGACGAGGUACCGGAUAAGAGGAUAUAUGCGAUUCUGGUGAAUGGGUUGUGUUCUGCUGGGAAGAUGAGGGAGGCACAAAACGUCUUGUAGGACAUGAGCAAGAAGGGGUUUAAUCCUCCAGUUGUAGGUGGAGAUUUGUUAAUUGAAGGUUUGUUGAAUGCAGGUUAUCUUGAAUCAGCCAAGAAAAUGGUAAGGAGAAUGACAAAGGAGGGCUUUGUGCCUGACAUUGGAACAUUUAAUUCUUUGGUGGCAACAAUUUGUAAAACUGGGGAGGUUGAUUUUUGUAUUGAUAUGUAUCAUAGUGUUUGUAAAUUGGGGCUUUUUCCAGAUAUAGAUGCAUAUAAAAUUUUGAUACCUGCAGCUUCAAAGGAAGGUAGGAUUGAUUAGGCUUUUAGACUUUUAAAUAAUUCAAUUGAACAAGGCUAUAGUCCAUUCCCUAGUGUGUAUGCAUCUAUAAUCAAAGGAUUGUGUAGGAAAGGGCAGUUUGAUGAUGCAUUUAGCACUUUCAGUGAGAUGAAGAUCAAGGGUCAUUCUCCAAACAGGCUCUACACAAUGUGUGGGCAUGGAGGCAGGUUUAUAGAGGCAGAAAAUUAGUAGGUGGAGAUGACUGAGCUGGGACUAGCACCAAUUUCGAGGUGCUUUGAUAUGGUCACCGAUGUUUUAAAGAAUUGGGGGAAGCAUGAUUUGGCUAAGAGGAUAGAGCGGUUGGAGCUUUCCCUUCGAGAUGUUUAAUGCUGCAAUGGAGAAUUGAAGAUUAUACCAUAUCAUGCUGUCACAAUACUUGACAGCUCAAUGCUGCCACUAACCUCUGAAAGGUGAGUUCCUUUUCCAAGAUUCAUUUUAAGUAUUUCCACACAAAAGUCUCACUGAGAAUUAGUUCCUUAACUGAAUUUCUCGCACUUCACUCAAUAAGCUUCAACCAUGUUUACUUUGAAGAAAAAAUAUGUCAAGUCAUUCUUGCCUAGCAAUUCAUAGGAGUUUAGAGCAAUGUCUAGCAGCGCUAUUGCCAUUAUUACCUGUUUGACGAAUGUUAAUGCCAGUGCAGUAUCGAAGUAUUUUCAUGGAAUAUGUUUUAGUGGAACUAAGAGUUAAUGUUAUUUCGCUUUUUACCAGUUGUGAUGCUCCUAAUUAAUAUUUUGGCUGUCUCGAGUGUGAAUUUUCUGGUAGAC